AGCCCAGGUCCACUAACCAUCCGGAGUAGGCAGGUCCACUCGGGUAGCGGGUAACUGUCCCAGAUGCUCAGAGAGGCCCCGACGCCCAGCCAAGAUGAAGCUGGCUAGCUGUGUGCUGCUGUGCGCCGGGGCUCUCGGGCUGUGUCUGACUGCCCCUGCAAAAACUGUAAGAUGGUGCACUGUGUCAGAUCAAGAGGCCACCAAAUGCUCCAGUUUCAGUGAAAAUGUGAAAAAAGUUGUUUCAGCAGAUGGUCCCCUUGUCACUUGCAUGAAGGCAACCUCUUACCGUGACUGUAUCAGGGCCAUUAUGGCAAACAAAGCAGAUGCUGUGACCAUUGAUGGAGGUUUGGUGUUUGAGGCCAGCUUGGCCCCCUACAAUCUGAAGCCCAUUGCGGCAGAAUUCUACGGGUCAAAAGAUGAUCCACAAACCCACUAUUAUGUUGUGGCUCUGGUGAAGAAGGGCACGGACUUCCAGCUGAACCAGCUCCAAGGCAAGAAGUCAUGCCACACAGGCCUGGGCUGGUCUGCCGGGUGGAUCGUCCCCAUUGGCCUACUGCUUCCCUCUGGCUCUCUUGAACCAGGAGCAGCAAAGUUUUUCUCUGGCAGCUGUGUCCCCUGUGCAGAUGCGAAGAAGUUCCCCAGCCUAUGUCAACUGUGUGCAGGAAAAGGAACUAACAAGUGUGCCUGCUCUUCUCAUGAACCAUACUUUGGCUAUUCAGGCGCCUUCAAGUGCCUGGAGGAUGGUGUGGGGGAUGUGAGCUUUUUGCGGCACCUGACAGUGUUUGAGGUCCUUCCCAAGAAGGCUGACAGGGACCAGUACGAGCUGCUCUGCCGGGACAACACACGGAGGCCAGUGGAUGAGUAUGCACAGUGCUUUCUGGCCAAGGUCCCUUCUCACGCUGUCGUGGCUCGGAGUGUGGACAGCAAAGCGGAUUUGAUCUGGGAGCUCCUCAGCAAGGCCCAGAAAUACUUCGGAAAAGAUACGUCGUCAGAAUUUCAGCUUUUCGGCUCCCCUCAUGGGAAAGACCUGCUGUUUACUGAUGCUGCCCAUGGAUUUUUAAGGGUCCCCCCCAAAAUGGACACCAAGCUGUACCUGGGAUAUGAGUAUUUUUCUGCCAUUCAGCAUGUGGAGAGAGGUGUGGAAGACUCCCGGAGGGUGCAGUGGUGUGCAGUGGGCCACCAUGAGAAGGCCAAGUGUGCUGAGUGGAGUGCGCUGAGUGGUGGUGCCUUGGUGUGUACCACAGAGGAGACCCCUGAAGACUGCAUUGCUGCCAUCAUGAAAGGAGAAGCAGAUGCCAUGAGCUUGGAUGGAGGAUUUGUCUACAUAGCCGGCCAAUGUGGCCUGGUGCCUGUCCUGGGAGAGAACUACAAAGCUAAAGGUAGCAAUGAGCGGCUUGGGUCUAAAUGUGUGAAUUCACCCUUGGAAGGUUAUUAUGUUGUGGCUGUGGUUAAGAAAUCAGAUGCUGAUAUCACCUGGAACUCUCUGCGAGGCAAGAAGUCCUGCCACACUGCAGUUGGCACUUCUGCAGGCUGGAACAUCCCUAUGGGCCUAAUAUACAACCAGACUGGGUCCUGUAAACUCGAUGAGUUCUUCAGUCACAGCUGUGCUCCUGGGUCUAGUCCAGAUUCUCAACUCUGUGCUUUGUGUGGUGGCAGCAGGAACUCAAGCCACAUGUGUGCUCCCAACAGCCAUGAGUGCUACUACGGCUCCAGUGGGGCUCUCAGGUGUCUGGUCCAGAAGGGAGACGUAGCCUUUGUGAAGCACUCCGCAGUCCUACAGAACACUAAUGGAAAGAAUCUCGAAGUGUGGGCUAAGGAUCUGAAGCAGGAAGACUUUGAGCUGCUGUGCCUUGAUGGCACCAGGAAGCCUGUGACUGAGGCUCAGAGCUGCCACCUAGCCAUAGUACCAAAUCAUGCUGUGAUCUCGAGGAAAGAUAAGGCAGAUUUUGUUCGCAGGAUACUCUUCAACCAACAGGAGCUCUUUGGAAGAAAUGGAUUUGAAUAUAUGAUGUUCCAGCUGUUUGAGUCCUCAACCAAGGACCUACUCUUCAGCGAUGAUACCGAAUGUUUGGCUAACCUAGGGAACAAAACAACUUAUGAAAAAUUCUUAGGGCCAGAGUAUCUUUCAGUCAUGGCUAAUUUGAGACCGUGCAUAACCUCUGAACUUCUGGAUGUCUGCCUUUUCCACAGGAAUUGAAAGUUGAUGAGAGUGGACAGCCACACAGACGCCAGCAGCCUCAAUAGGCAGGAACAAUUCCAUUCAUUUUCAUGUGAAUGUCUGGCAGCAUCACUUACCUAAUUAACUGAAUUAUAAUUGUGCAAAAAUUAAAGUGAAUAAAAUUAUGUCUUAGAAACUUCAUGAAAAACUCAGUUUUUUGGGAGAAAAGAUAUUUCUUCAUAUUAAAAUUAUGCUUCUGCAUUUAAUAUGUAUUAAAGGGUGGCCUUUUAAAAGGACUCUGCAGGGGCCCAUGGAUUUAGCUCAGUGGCAAGCACAAGGUCCUGAGUUCAACCC